AUGGAGUUAAUAGAGAAACGUUGCAGUGAACGUGAAGGCAGGCGGCCCACCCGGUUGACAAAGGCUCGUUGGUGUUGCUCAUGGUUGGAAAUGGCGCAGUACGCUAAAUUUCUGUUGCUAAUACUUUGCCAGUAUAUAGUAAUUGUGUCAUCUACGGAGGUACCCGAAAUUUCGUCUACAACAGCGACUUCUCAACAAGAUGUCAAGCAAAUAAUUUUAGAUGCAUUCAAUGACAAAUGGGAUGAAUUCACUUACCAUUCCCCCAAUAUCAUUAACAUUCAUCGCCAGAAUGAAUCUGACAAUUUGUAUCUCAUACAUUUUGGGGUAUCAGCUGAUUGCAAGACAAAUGCUUCAGAAAGUUGUACUUCCUCAGAACUUGUGUGUGAAGUUCUAGUCAUAGAUGAUCCUGUAACUGAAGUGAAGCAAAUUUUAGAUGGAUAUACACUGUGUGCAAACAAAGAGAUUGAACCUCAAACUCCUAUCACUAGUCAAGGUUUUGUGGAAGUUUCUGAUGGUGAGAAAGGUGAUCUCGCCCAGUCUGUUAUUCAAGAACUGGAAGAAAGUGACCCACAAAGAAGUGUGGUUGAUAUUAUGUCUUUGAAAAAGCUGGAAGUGAAUGGUACCACACUUUUUCUUACGUUGAAAGCUACAAAAACAGAUGGGGGAGACUCUUCAAGGUUUGAAGUUUGUGAGGUGCAGGUGAAUCAAACUGAUGGUUCCUCAGAAAAAGAGUGUUUUUCCUUGGAAAGCAAUCUUCCAAAUAUUUUGCUUAGUGGUGAUGACAUGACUCAAGUAGCAAAGGAUGCUGUCCAAGAACUUGACAACUUGUCACCUUCAAAGUAUACAUACACCUUGCUUGAUAUUAUGAAUGCGGAAAAAAUAGUCACACCAGGUUCAGAAGGAGUAAUGACAAGUUUGGAUUUGAGAGUUGCACCUUCAGUCUGCUUGAAACGUUCGGACUCUGAUGAAUUGUCAUUGGAACGGGCAUGUGUGGAAAGUAACUUCACCUCAGGAACAGGCCGUAUGAUCUGCCGUCUAAUUCGUUGGGACCGGCCAUGGAAAUCUGAUACAUUGUACUCCGUUCCAGUGUGUGCAAUAGAAGAAUUAGAUGCUAGUACAGAAACUGUUCAUAUGGUUGAAGGAUCUUCUGAGAGCAGCAGUGAAGCUCAGCCACAACCUGUUGUAGAGGAACCAUUUGUUGUGCGCACUGCACAUUGCAGUGGCUGCCCCACAGAUCUAAACCUGGACAGCCCUGCCCUUCAGCUUCUCACUGAGCAAGCCCUCACUCAAUUGGAUGAGCAGUCAAGUGCUCGCUUCAAACACGCUCUUGUGCGAAUCAUCAAAGCCCAGAAACAGGUGGUGAAUGGAGUGAAGUACAUUCUUCACUUGGAGGUGGGAGAGACAGCAUGUCCAAAGGGUUCCCUAGAAGACCGCAGCACAUGCAGUGUAGAACAAGAUACACGCACUUGUGUAUUUGAAUUUCUGGAACGUCCUUGGCUUCAGCUGGGAAGAGAGCUCUUGCACAGCAAUUGCUCUGAUCCUCUAGAUAACAAUUUGCUGGAUAAUGAAAUUCAACCAAGUGUGUUUGACAGUUUGGCUGACAGACAAAGUGUUUUUGACUAUAUCGAUACAGCAAUGGAUGAGCCUUUCCGCAUCAGAGAUUCCCCAUCAUUUGAGGAUGAUGAUAUUCCAUCCCCUAUUCCUUAUGGUGAAGAUGGUGUUGUUGACACAUCUGCUCACAGAGAACCACCUCUCGAGUCUUCGGAAGAGGCCAUGUUGCAGCCUCCGCCAAAGCAUCCUCGUGUGUUCCACUUAGAUGAAUCGAGUGAACAUGUGGAGAAGCAUCAGCCAUACAUUGUGGGCACCUCUCGUCAGAGACGAGAGACUGAACGCCCCCUUUUGGGUGGCUUGAAGGAUGUUGAUCCAUCCGAAGAGCCUUGGGUCCGGAAAUUGGCGAACAUAGCUGUUCAGACUUUGGACGAAUUGGACACAGAUGAUGAAAAGCGCAUUGUAGUGUCAGUGGAAUCUGCAAAAAAGCAGUUAACUAACGGUAUAGUGUACCACCUCAAAAUUCGAGUGGGACUUACCACCUGUGCUGAAAGCAGUCCAAACUCUUCAGACUGCCCUGUGUCGGACACAAGAAUCUGCCAUGUGCAGUUGCUUCAGUCAUUUGCUGGUUCCUCACCUCAAGAUGUCCAGGUGGUCAAAUCAGAAUGUUUCCCUGAGACAGCAGCUGGUAAGCAUCGCCAAAAACGAAGUGGUAUUCCUGGAGGAGCAAACCCUGUGGAUGUGAAUGAUGAAUAUGUUAUUAACAUUACAAGAUAUGCUUUAACUGAGCUAGAUCAAAUUUCCAGUACACCAUACCGCCAAGAAGUAGUGAGAAUUAUCAGUGCAACAUCACAGGUGGUAGCUGGUAGAAUUGUAAAUGUUACCUUCGAACUAGGCCCCACCAAUUGUCUGAAGAGUAACAAUGGAGCACAAAGUAAUGAGACCUGUGAAGUACAGUCUGGAGCUGAUACUCAAGUCUGUUCCAUCAGAGUGUGGGAUCAGCCUUGGUUACAAAAGAGGGAAAUAGUAGAAACAAAAUGUCAGUCAUCAGCUGCCAGAAAGAAAAGGUCAUCUAGACCAGUUGGAGCACCUGAAACAGCAGAUGUAAAUGAUUCUCGCAUUAGAGAGAUGGCUGAUUUUGUCUUGACUAAUUUGGAUGCUUCUUCAAAUUCUCCAUACAAACAUCAUUUGAUUGAGAUUACCAAUGCUACCACACAGGUUGUAUCUGGUACUUUGACUCGUUUAACUCUUAGGCUUGGUCACAGCACUUGUCGGAAAGGUCAUGAUGGAGAUUCAAGUUCUUGCACAUUGCAGGAAAAUUCUGUUCAAAAGCAGUGUACUGCAAAGAUUUGGGACCAGCCGUGGUUGCAGAAGAGGGAGCUGCAAUCAGUGCAAUGUAGUGAAAUUUCUGGCUCAACUCGUACAAAGAGGAGUUCAGGCUUGCGUGGAGCACCUGAAACAGCAGACGUAAAUGAUUCUUACAUUAUAGAGAUGGCCAAUUUUGUCUUGACAAAUUUGGAUGCUUCUUCAAACUCUCCAUUCAAACAUCAUUUGAUUGAGAUUACCAAUGCUACCAAACAGAUUGUGGCUGGUACUUUGACCCACGUAACUCUUAGGCUUGGUCACAGCACUUGUCGGAAAGGCCAUGAUGGAGAUUCAAGUUCUUGCACGUUGCAGGAAAAUUCUAUCCAAAAGCAAUGCACUGCAGAGAUUUGGGACCGACCAUGGCUACACAUAAAGGAGCUGAAAUCGGUGGAGUGUAACGAAAUAGCUGACUCAACACGUUCAAAGAGGUCUGGUCCGGGGAAAUUAGGAGGUGGUUCACAUGACAUCCAUUUUGGUCUCUUCCGUGACUUCAUGCAAAAAUUCAACAAAAAUUACAAAGAUAGGUCAGAAAUAAAGAAACGUUACCACAUCUUCCGUGCUAAUAUGAUUAAGGCCAGACACUUACAAGAAACUGAACAAGGAACCGCCAAAUACGGAGUUACCAUGUUUGCAGAUCUCACAGCCAAAGAAUUUCGAAACAAGUAUUUAGGUCUGAACAUGAAACUGAGGCAUGAAAAUCACAUCCCGUUACCUCGUGCAAAAAUACCCAAUAUUUCUCUGCCUAAAGAAUUUGAUUGGAGACAUUAUAAUGUUGUUACAGAAGUAAAGAAUCAGGGGGUGUGUGGUUCUUGCUGGGCUUUUUCAGUUACUGGAAAUGUAGAGGGGCAAUAUGCAAUUAAGAAUGGAAAUUUAUUAUCUUUAUCUGAACAAGAGCUUGUGGACUGUGAUAAAUUGGAUGAGGGCUGCAAUGGAGGCUUACCUGAGAAUGCCUACAAAGCUAUUGAAGAACUUGGAGGCUUGGAGACUGAACAGGACUACCCCUAUGAGGGUGAAGAUGAAAAAUGUCACUUUAACAGAUCUGAAGUUAGAGUAAAAAUAAAUGGUGGAGUGAAUAUUACUUCAAACGAAACCCAGAUGGCACAGUGGUUGGUGAAGAAUGGACCAAUAUCAAUUGGCAUUAAUGCAAAUGCCAUGCAGUUCUAUAUGGGUGGUGUGUCUCAUCCCUGGAAGUUUUUGUGUAAUCCUGAUAAUUUAGAUCACGGAGUUCUCAUAGUGGGUUAUGGUGUGCAUACUACAAAGUACCGUCACAAAAUUCUUCCCUACUGGACAAUUAAGAAUAGUUGGGGGCGUCAUUGGGGGGAAAAGGGUUAUUAUAGAGUAUAUCGUGGAGACGGUACUUGUGGAGUCAACAUGAUGGCAACAUCAGCAGUGUUGUAGAUGACCUCCAAUGAUUUUAAUUAGAAUACUCAUUUAAGUGGUAGGCAGCUUUCGUAGUGGACCCUCAUGAUAUGGACAUUUUUUGUUUGUCUUUAGGGAAUAUAUUGUCCGUACAAUAUUUUCUCAGCAAAAUACAGAUUUAAUAGUUCUAAUACAUGUGUUUCCCAAGAGGUUAUAGAAUCUCAUGUUCAUGACAAGUGCCAAAUAUGAUUAGGUAUUUUAUGACUUGUAGGCAAUGAGACCAAAUCCCAUUGACUAAUAUGGCUACAAUAGUUAAUGUGGUGUAUAAAGUAGUUACAAAUUAUAUAGAGAAUGUCUUCCACCAGCUCGAACAAUUACAGGUGAAAGAUCAGUGCAGUCAGUGAGGAUACAUGAAAUAGUGCAGUAAAUGUAGAAAAUGCCCUGCUCAAGAAAUCUUUGUAAAUUUAUUUUUUGUGGUUGGAAGGAAUAGAAAAUGUCCAUAUCUCUUUACUUCUUUCAUUGUGCAAUUUUUAAUAUAAAUGUUGAGAAAAAAUCAGUUUCAAUUUAUGACAUCUGUAAAAGGCAAUAUGUUUAUGAUCUCUUUCACAAGGAAGUUCCUAAAUGUUAAUCUUGUGGCUUUCUUGUGUAGAUGUUUUCAAACGUAAAAUUUAAUGUCUCUCAUUCCUUCAUUCUGUGUUCCUUAAAAGCACGUUAAUUGUACUCUGAAUUUGUAGCCAAAGCUUAGUUUGAGGUUUAGUAAAGUUUUGAUUGCUGUGAAGUAGCUGAUAAUACUAAUCCUUCCAGUUGAGGGAAAUGAGAUUUAAUCUUCAUAUGAUAACAGGUAUAGUGGUGUUUUAGAUUCUCAAGAGUUACCAGUGCAUAAUAUACAUUGUUUUUGUGGGGAGAAUGUGUAUUGUACUUAGGUGAUAUGACCGUUCUCUCCAAAAUGCAUUUGGAAUAAAAUAUUUUUAUAAACUUUUUAGAUUUUUUUAUAUACAUAUUUCCUUUGUUGUGGAUAUUUUCGGCAUAAUUGAUUUUGUUUUGUUAAUUUACAAUUAAUUAAACCCUUUGGGUGUUUCCUCUACUUACUAUAUUACUAAUGACCUGUGAAUGUGUAGAUAUAUUCAGCUCUCUAGACUCAUAAGUUUAUUCCCUGAAUUAAUUGUAAGAGUGAGGGAGUAUAACAUUACAUAAAGUUUCUGAUAAAAUAUUUUCAUUAAGCUUUCAACCAUUACAUUUCUGGUAUUUUAAAUACGUGAUAGAUGUCUCCUGGCAAACAAAAUUUCCAUCUAUAUGCUUAACCUGUUUUAUUUUUUAUAAAUCGUAAUUCAUAAGUAUAUGGAUCAAAUUACACAAGUUUUUGAGAAACUUCUGACUAUUGCUUCUCAGAAGAUGGUGUAUGUGUGUGCCAACAUUUUGAUAUUACUUAUUCCAAAACUGCGCACAUUUCAUGAUAAACAUUUCUCUGUUUGUGCUCUUGCUGUGGUACAAACUGUAAAUUUGUAUAAUUUAUAUUAUGUUAAAAUUUUUGUAAUUAUUGGUUGUAAAGUGUGUUGAUAAUAUACAUAUUCAAUUUCAUUAUAAAAUUGUGACUAAAUUAAAUAAUUUAUUCCUCAUUCCUAGAAAAAAAUUUAUUUCCAGUUUUACAUAAUA